AUGAAGAUUGACUUUCCACGAUUUGGAUCUGGAGAUCCAAAAUUUGAAGAUCCACUGGGUUCAUUAGCUAAACUUCAGCAAUUGCAUUCUGUAGUGGAAUUCCAAUCUGCGUUUGAGCUCUUGGCCCGCAGAAUCCCAGACCUCACACCACUCAUGCGCAAAAGUUUGUUCAUAUCUGGCCUAAAAUCCCAUAUCCGACGUGCAGUUUUGGUACAUCGUCCAUUAGAUGUCUUUUCUGCCUUUGCUUAUGCCAAAAUCUAUGAGGAACAGUUCAUUGAAUCUCGUAGUACCAAAACUUGGAACCCUCGCCCCAACAACACCACACCACAACCUAUAGCAGCUACCCCAUUAACCACAAUCCCUUCCACACCCCAACCGAGAACCCCACUUCCACUCCCAAGUAUACUGAUCAAACGAUUGUCCCCAGCUGAAAUGCUAGUUAGAAGGGAAAAGAACUUAUGCUACAACUGUGAUGAGCGGUUUGUACCAGGCCACCAUUGUAAGGGUCGUGCUACACUUUUAUAUUUAGAUGGAACUGAGGAAGAACCACCCGAUUGUGAUGUAGAACCACCUCCUGAUCCUGACCCACAGGAAACAGAUGCAUUAUCUACUACACCUGCUCAUGAGAUUAGUUUCAAUGCUUUAUUUGGUCACCAUUCUGCUAAUUCUUUUAGAAUGGUAGGUAAAAUUGUGGGCCAAUCAGUACAGAUUUUUGUGGAUGGUGGUAGCACCCACAACUUUAUUACUCUAAGGAUGGCCUCACACUUACACCUGACUUUACAUGCUAUUACUCCUUUCAAAGUGAGGGUGGGCAAUGGUGAUGCCCUCUUGUGUUCUGGAUCAUGCAAAGCCGUAAUUGUGGACAUCCAAACUCAUCACUUUUCCAUUGAUUUAUAUGUGCUGGAAUUACAGGGUGCAAAUAUUGUUCUUGGAGUGCAAUGGCUGUCUACAUUGGGACCUGUUGAAACAGAUUAUUCUGCACUAACCAUGUCUUUUGUUAUUAAUGAUUGGCAGUCACCUACCUCUGACCAAACACCUCAUCUUCCGCGUGCUAUCCCAGAAUUGGAGAAAUUAUUGGAUAGUUUCUCAAAUGUAUUCACUGGACCUUCAUCCUUACCCCAGACAGAGCCUAUAACCACCCCUAGUCAUUCAUCCUUUAGCUCACCCGUUUUAUUGGUUAAAAAGAAAGAUGGCACUUGGCGCUUCUGUGUGGACUACCGUGCCCUUAAUGCGAUCACAGUCCAAGAUAAAUUUCUAAUUCCAACAAUCGAUGAAUUACUUGAUGAACUACAUGGUGCCAUUAUCUUUUCUAAAUUGGACUUGCGAUCUGGGUACCAUCAAAUUAAGAUGCAUACUGAUGAUAUUGCCAAGACCGCUUUUCGCACUCACCAUGAGCACUUUGAGUUUGUGGUUAUGCCUUUCGGCCUCUCCAACGCCCUUUCUACCUUCCAGGCUACUAUGAAUACUAUUUUCUUAGCCUUUUUACGAAGCAUGCUGCGAGCUCACACCUUGUUCGCCAAGCGUGAAAAAUGCUCUUUUGUUCAAAGCGAGAUCCCUUAUUUGGGUAAUGUCAUCACUGGCUAUGGGGUCUCACCAGAUCCUGAAAAACUUAAGGCGAUUAGUGAAUGGCCUGUCCCAAGUAAUGUGACUCAAGUACGAUCUUUCCUAGGCAUCUCAGGCUAUUACUGUAAAUUUAUUGAGCGGUAUGCCUCCCUGGCAGCCCCAUUAACGGAUCUUUUAUCACAAUCUGGAUUUGUGUGGACUACUGAAGCUUCCAAGGCCUUUGAGCAUCUUAAACAACUUCUGAUGACAGCUCCCAUUUUAGCUUUGCCAAAUUUCUCAGAAUCCUUCGUGGUGGAGACGGAUGCCUCAGGAGUAGGAAUUGGGCGGUUUUAUUGCAGAGGGAAUGACCCUUAG